GGAGAGACGUUUUACAUGGGAAUUCAAGGUUUUUCUCGGAGACAGGAUGUGACGACUUCCUUGUUUUGUUCUAUCCAUCUUGGUUUUUAUAGCAAAGGGCAAAGCAAGCAGCAUCUGUCUUAGGGUGGAAGAUGGGUAACUAACUCUGUCACACGCGCACUGGCCUCUGGAGCUCAGCUGCCAGUCCGUGUCCAGGGAAUCCUAGCCUCUGGGACCAAGACACUUUACAGCAGUCAUCGCCCUUCGCAGAGGAGGGGAGAUCGCCAGGACUCAUCUGCCAUUUCGGACAUUUUGCUGCCCCCUGCCAGGUGGCUCCCACUGCUGAUGAAAGAUGGUGGAUUUCCCAGUCUCCCUGGACUCCCUGAAGCCAGUAUCUCUGACCAGCAGUCUCGUCUUCUUCAUGCACCUCCUCCUCCUUCGGCCUGGGGAGCCGAACCCAGAAAAGACCACAGUGGUUGGCCCUGAGGAGCCCAUCCUGGCCCUGGCCGGUGAGGAGGUGGAGUUCUCGUGCCACCUUUCGCCCUACCUGGAUGCACAGCACAUGGAGAUCCGCUGGUUCCGGAGCCGCACCUCAGACGUGGUGCACCUGUACCGGGAGCAGCAGGAGCUCCUGGGCACGCAGAUGGAGGCAUUCCGGAACAGGACCAAGUUGGUCAAGGAUGACAUCACCGAUGGCAGUGUGGCCCUGCAGCUUCGCAGCAUCGCCCCCUCCGAUGAGGGCAUGUAUGGCUGUCGCUUCCUCUCCGACAACUUCUCUGGCGAAGCUGUCUGGGAGCUGGAGGUAGCAGGGCAGGGCUCAGAACCUCACCUCUCCCUUGAGGGCUCCAAGGAAGGAGGCAUUCAGCUGAGGCUCAGAUCCAGUGGCUGGUACCCCAAGCCUAAGGCUCAGUGGAGAAACCACCAGGGACAGUGCCUGCCUCCAGAGUUUGAAGCCAUCGUCCAGGAUUCCCAGGGCCUGUUCAAUCUGGAAACAUCUGUGAUCGUCCGAGAGGGAGCCCUCAGCAACGUGUCCCUCUCCAUCCAGAAUCUCCUCUUGGGCCAGAAGAAAGACUAUGUGGUUCAGAUAGCAGACGUGUUUUUACCCGGAGCCUCCCGGUGGAAGCGCGCGUUCCUGGGGACCAUGGCGGUGCUGCCGCCGCUGCUGGCGGUGCUCGUGGCGCUGGCGCUGGGCCUCCUCCAGAAACAGCGGAGACGCCAAGAAAAGCUCAAGAAGCAGGCGGAGAAGAGACAAGGGAAACUCACUGCAGAGCUGGAGAAGCUUCAGACAGAGCUUGACUGGAGACGGGCUGAAGGCCAGGCUGAGUGGAGAGCAGCCCAAAAAUAUGCAGUGGACGUGACUCUGGAUCCGGCCUCCGCGCACCCCAGCCUGGAAGUGUCGGAGGACUGCAAGAGCGUGCGUUCCCGCGGCGCGCCGCCCAGCCCCGCGCCCAGCGACCCGCAGCGGGCCUCAGAGCAGAAGUGCGCGCUGAGCCUGGAGCGCUUCUCCGCGGGCCGCCACUACUGGGAGGUGCACGUGGGCUGCAGCAGCCGCUGGUUGCUGGGCGCCUGCCUGGCCGCAGUGCCGCGCUCCCGGCCCGUGCGCCUGAGCCCGGCGGCCGGCUACUGGGUGCUGGGGCUGUGGGACGGCUGCGAGUACUUCGUCCUGGCCCCGCACCGCGUCGCGCUCAGCCCGCGCGUGCCUCCGCGGCGCGUGGGCGUCUUCCUGGACUGCCAGGCGGGAAAGCUGUCCUUCUUCAACGCGUCCGACGGCUCCCACAUCUUCACCUUCCACGACACCUUCUCUGGCGCGCUCUGUGCGUACUUCAGGCCCGGGGCCCACGACGGCGGCGAACACCCGGAUCCCCUGACCAUCUGCGCCCUGCCGGUUAAAGGGACGUGCGUCCCCGAAGAGAACGACAGUGACACUUGGCUACAGCCUUAUGAGCCCGCAGACUCCGCCCUGGACCCGUGGUGAGGCGCCCCUGUGGCCGCGGGGCUGGUCCCAGGCGGCUCCCUGGAUCCCAGGCCAGCGCUUUGCUCUCCUGCUCCGUCUAAAGUGAGCAGGUGCACCGGCCAAAAUGUCAGCAAAAUGUCACCGACUGGGACAAAGAGAGGGACCUUUGCCUACGUAGAUGUGUAUGUGUAAUGAGAUUUUCUUCCAGGAAGGGAGACAAGUCGAAAGCUUAUUUGUGGAUUGCGGGACUGAGUGAAUGAGUACAAAUAUACACACGGCCCUGAGAGCCUGGGUGCCCCGCUGGGAGGUGGGGAAAAAGCCAGCAUGGAAGAAGAAGGGAGAACCCUUUGGAGACUGCAUUAGAGGGAUUCGUUGAUUUGUAGAGUUUCAUAUUUUUUGUAUAUGGUUGCUAGCUCUAAAAAAAGUCGAGACGCAGUGAUAUUUCGUAAGCAACAAGUUCACCUAAGUAAGGCUCAGAUCCUAGUUUUAAACAUCAUUUCCCAUUAAAAUGAAGUUGGAGGAACAGCUGCUUCGGGGGCCGGGGCAAAAAUUUCAAGAUGAGCCUGGAGCAUUGUGUGUGGUAAGGUAACGUAAGUGCUCAAAAAGUGAAGGGAACGUGGCAAGAGGGUAGAGGAGCCGGGCUGAAGGGGACUCACUGGCAAAUUCAGGGACAAUUUGAACAUCAGGAUGCAUAAUGACAGGAGAGAUUAUAACACACGGAAUAAAAACAUAAUCCAUGAGUUCAUGCUGAUAUUCAAAUUUCUUUUUUUAAAAAAAGAAACAGGAAGAUUUUUUAAAAGAGGUGAAAUCUAAUUAUUGGUGACAGUCUUUUGGAAAACAGUAAGCAGUAAACUUACACGCUACUUAUAAAUUUGAAAGAGUUACCUUUACAACAGAGAAAUCUACCAGAUCAUCCAAGUGAUUUAAUUUAAGGGUUACCUUUACAACAGAGAAAUCUACCAGAUCAUCCAAGUGAUUUAAUUUAAGGGUUACCUUUACAACAGAGAAAUCUACCAGAUCAUCCAAGUGAUUUAAUUUAAGGGUUACCUUUACAACAGAGAAAUCUACCAGAUCAUCCAAGUGGUUCGAUUUAACAUCACCAACGAUGGGACCAAGGACAUUAUUAGUUUCACAACUGGGGAAAAUGAAACAGGAACAAGCUAUCACUGGGGAAGUGUUCUUCAGCCCCUGCCCCAAGAGAGUCUCUCUCUGUCGCCCAGGCUGCGGUGCAGCCUCAACCUCCUAGGUCCAAGUGAUACUCCCACCUCAGCACACAACACCAUCCCCAGCUCAUUUUAAAUCUGUUGUAGAGACAGGGUCUCACUUUGUUACCCAGGCUGGUUUCAAACUCCUG